AUGGCAUCAUAUAUACCGCUGGUCAGCGAAGGCGGACCUAGCUCCCCAGUGGAACACGACCCCGAGCACAUCCCAUACGCAGAUAUCGACCUCGAAAAGAGACCAGACGAGGAUUUACCGAGAUGGUACCAACGAUUACCCAGGUGGAAGACGGCGUCCAGAUGGGACAUGUCAUCGGCGUUCUACAGGUCACGGCCGAAGUGGGAGGAUAUUCCAGACGCCAAAACCUUUUUCUGGCUGUUCCUGUCCUAUAUCAUCGCCGCGCUUCCAAGAUUCUUGCAGCCCGGCGGCUUGAAGAUUAAAAAAGAACUACAUCCCACUGCAUAUCUUGACGCCCUGCGAGGCUGGGCCGCGCUGUCCGUCUUCCGAUAUCAUUGUUUCGCCAACAAGACAUGGCUGCUUGAACAGCCGGUCAUCCGAAUGGUUCUCAACGGUCGUGCCAUGGUGGACAUUUUCUUCGUCAUUUCCGGCUACGUUCUCAGUUACCGACUACUCAAGAUGAUGCGCAAUCAACAACCAGCCAUGCUCCGGGCACUUGCUUCGUCGACAUUUCGAAGAUGGUUUCGCCUGUACGCGUCUUGUGGUGUCGCUUCAUUCGUCACAGCCUACAUGACAUACCUUGGAUGGUGCCUACCCGGACACCGAAAGCCUACCAUCUGGCUCCAACUCCAUGAUUGGAUGUGGGAUUUCAUCGGGUCAAGCAACCCUCUGGGCGACAUCAAGGGAUGGUGGUACCCGGGUGUCUUCCGCACGCACUACCUCGAUCAGAUGUGGACCAUCCCCGUCGAGUUCCGAGGAUCGAUGCUUCUCUUCUGGUUCUGCGCGGCCGCGGCGUUCCUGAGUAUGCGGGGCCGCCGUACCUUUGCCAUGGUGGUCAUCGGACUCUGCUACUGGUGGGGAAUCGUCUACGGUGCCCUGUUUAUCUUCGGCAUGCUGAUCGCCGACGUCUCUUUCGACCGCCACCCGGAACGCCUUCAACGCAUCAAGCUCCCCCAACAACAACAGGAGGGCGACGGCCUCGAGCCCAAGCCUCGCAGACAAUCCAUCCCUGCCAAGAUUGGCUGGGUGCUGUUGACCAUCGUUGCCUGCUUCAUUCUAGGCCAACCGCCUGAUGGCCACUGGGAGUAUGCCUGGGCCUGGCCGACUCUCAGCCACGCCGUGCCAUACUGGUACCCGAUCGAACUGGGCGAGCACUUCUGGCUGAGCAUCGGGUCCACUCUCCUCGUCUUCUGUCUAGACAAUUGUCGAAUGCUCCAAAUCCCUUUCGAACUCAGCUUCUCGCAGUACCUGGGCGACCUGUCCUUCGGCAUCUACGCCAUGCACAACACCAUCCUUUGGGUUCUGUACAUGCCCAUUGUGCAACCUUGGUGCUAUAGACACUUCGGCGACGGCUAUUGGUCCGGUCUCCCAGGGAUGCUGUUCACCGCCAUCGUCGUCCUCUGGGCCGCCGACUACUUCACCCGCAUUGACAGCUGGGUCGUCUGGUUCGCCAAAUGGUUGGAGGAUAAGACGUUCAUCAAGUGGGAAUAG